AUGGGUGACGGUGGUGUCCUGCUCACCGCACUUGUCCUGCUGCUGGCCGCCGUGGCUGUCUGCUGGGCCAUCGGCCACUGGCAACCACGGCGGCGGCACACACGGACAGCAGCGACGAGGAGCAAGCGCUCCCGCGUCCGGCCCAGAGGCUCUCGGAGGAAGCGAGGAGCCCCCGCGGCUCCCAGGUCCUGCGGGCCUCGGGCCACCUCUCACAAGCGGCCACGCGCUCCCGCCAGCCCCACGCGCGGCGCCUGCAGCUGCCGCCGCUGCACGGCAGUGGCCCGCGAGCUGCAGGAACUGAUGCUGCUGCUCUGGGCUGGCACUGGGACACGUGUGCCGCUCUACGCGGGGAUGUGGCAGGCGCUGUGGGAAGGACUGGAGGAGCUGGGGAAGCGAGGCCACCUGCCCUGCUGCGGCUCCUUCAGAUCCUCCACAAGCCUCCGUCCCCGCAAGAGGCUGCUCCCAGCAAGACUCUCCAUCCCUGGGAGCGCCUCAACCCCUGCAAGGAUGGCACAGCAGCGGAGACCCGCCAUCCACGCAGGAGGUGCAGGCUGUCAGAGACCCUCCAUCCUGCCAGGAGCCUCUGCUAUCUCUGACAGCCUCCAUCCCUCGCAGAGGCUCAGUGAGACCUGUCGGCCUGCAGAAGGUGCAGAGCCCAUGCACAGGUCUCCCAGCUCCCUUGGGCUCACGGACUUCAAGGGCACAACCCCGAGCCUUGACGUGGCCAGGGAGAGCCCUGAAGUCCAGAUGGGAGCCCAGCCUGAGGCAGGGGAGCUCCAAGAGACCUGUCGGCCUGCAGAAGCUGGCAACAGCCCCAGCCUGGUGGUGGAGCCGAUCCUUGAGACACCAAGGAGUCUCCUCCAUCCCCAGGAAGCUGCCGCACCACGGCUCUCGACUACCUCGAAGGCCUUCCCGCCUCUGCGCCCUGCCCGGGCCCAGCCGUGCCGCUGGCCAGCCCCGGGGCUGCCGGGCGGGGGCCGCUGCCCGGCGCACAGCAGGAAGCAGGUCAGAGCAGCGGGGCCCGCGGCGGCUCGGCCCGCUUCACUUGCGGGCGCUCGGGGGGUUCCUGGGCGCAAGGCUGACGGCUCGCUCUUGGCCGCAGGGCGAAAGAAGGAGCUGCAGGAGCUCUACCAGCUGGGCCCGCAGCUGGGCAGCGGCGGCUUCGGCACCGUUUUCUCGGGCGUCCGCCUCUCGGACGGGAGGCCGGUGGCCGUCAAACGCGUGGCCCGGGAGAGCGUCCUGCAGUGGCCCGACGGCACCUGCGUUCCGAUGGAGAUCGCGCUCAUGGAGAAGGUGGGCUCCGGCUGCCGCUUCAUCAUCCAGCUGCUGGACUGGUUUGAGCUGGUGAUGGAGCGUCCGGAGCGGUCGCGGGAUCUCCUGCAGCUCCUGCGGGAGCACGGGUUCCUGAGCGAGGACAAGGCGCGCUGGCUCUUCUGCCAGGUGCUGUGCGCCGUGCAGCACUGCACCGCCUGCGGCGUCCUGCACCGGGACAUCAAGCCGGAGAACCUCCUCGUGGACCCGGCAUGCGGAGAUCUGAAGCUGAUUGACUUCGGCUGCGGCACCUUCCUCCAGGAGCGAGCCUUCACGCGAUUUGCCGGAACACAGGCGUACAGCCCGCCCGAGUUGGUCGCCAUGGGCUGCUACCGCGGCGAUUCGGCCACCGUGUGGUCCCUGGGCGUGCUGCUGUACGCAAUGGUGUGCGGGAGCCUCCCCUUCAAGGACAACCGCGCCAUCGUGCUGGGGCAGCUCUUCUUCGGGCCGCAGGUCUCUCCAGGUUGGUACCCGGCCUCAAGCGGGCGGCUUUGGCAGACGGCAGCGCGCAGCCCGGCGCGGCCCUCCCGCAGCUCCGCGGCCCCUGCCCUCAAGGGCCGGCCGCAGGCAGGAGGCGGCCCGUGCCGCCGGGCUCCGUGUGGCACACGCCGCCUGAAGGAGGGGGCCGUGUCCCGCCGGGCCGCCCUCCCGCACCGGGCACCGGCGGCGCUCUGGGCCCGGCGCGGCUCUGAGCACACGCAGCACGGCCCGGGCCCCGCGGGCGUCGGGGGGCGCCGGGCACGAGCCUUCUACAAGUGA